GAAGGAUUCACUACAUGUCCCACCGGAAGACCCUUUGUCGGUUUUAUUUUCACCAUUAUGGCAUGUCUACCGUGGAUAUAACCGUUGCUCAUCACGAAAUACGUCUAGCUGAGAGGAAGCCGCUGUGGUUAUGGAUCUGAAACCACGAUAAGAUGAAGCGAUAUGGAGAUGGUAGUGUACCUGCUGCGAGUCUGUGCUGUGCAAGUUAGCCGAAGCUAAUGAUGCUAUCAAACACAAUAACAGCUACGAAGCGGCAUGAGCUUAAAAGAGGGCCGAGUGAAGAUGGCCACUGAUCCAGCAGGUAUCCAGGCUGAAAUACGCAGCACCCAUGAAAGAAGAGGGCAAGGCAGGGUGUGGAGGUCCAGCUCUGUUUGAGGACCCGGACUUCCCCUGUGAGGACUCCGCCCUGUUCUCUGACAGCUCCACGCCUCUGGCCAGGCUGCGGGGAGACAUCACCUGGCUACGCCCCCAAGAGAUCUGCCAGACACCAGCUCUCUUCCCAAGCAACAUCAAUCUUGGCCAUGCAAAGCAAGGCCUGUUAGGAGACUGCUGGUUUCUCUGUGCGUGCACCUUCCUGCUCAAGAACAAACAGCUUUUAAACAAGGUUCUGCCUGAAGACCAGCCAGAGUGGGGCGACAGCAGGUACAGAGGCUCCUUUUAUUUUCGUUUUUGGCAGCAGGGACACUGGACAGAGGUGACCGUUGAUGACCGACUGCCCUGCAUUAAUUCAGCUCUCUGCUUCUCACGCUGCCACUCCCCCACUGCCUUCUGGGUCGCCUUGGUGGAGAAGGCCUAUGCCAAGCUUCAUGGUUCGUAUGAGCGACUGUGGGCAGGGCAGGUGUCCGAGGCCUUGGUGGACUUGACUGGUAGUCUAGCUGAACGCUGGAGCCUGGGUGACUUUGGUUCUGAGGAAAAGCAGCAGACAGAACAGGACAGUGACCAGUUCAGGAGGAGAAGGCUGGACCUGAACCUUCUAAACCCUGUGAAGGAUGACUGUGCACUCAGCUGCUCCACUCACAGCACGCCUGGAGGACUCACUGAGCUGGAUCAGUACCAUGCUCUGACUGUCAUGGAGUGGCUGGAUGUGAAGAAGGUGUCAGGAGGUGAAGUACGACUGCUCAGAAUCAAAAACCCUUGGGGAAGACGCUACUGGGGCGGAGCCUGGGUAUGGAGUGGUGCAGGUUGGGGUUCUGUUGCCCCUGAUUGUGCUUCAGAGCUACAAACCAGGGUGGCAGAGGGUGAAUUUUGGUUGGACGAGGCUGAAUUUAUGUCCCAGUUUGAUGACGUCACAGUGGGGUAUCCCAUCAGCGAAGAAGGAUACUUAAAGAGCAUUUAUACUGGAAACCUGCUGACACACAGUCAUCAACUGGCUGGCCGCUGGGUAAAAGGGCACUCUGCUGGCGGUAGCCGGAACUGCAGCAGCUACAGCAGCAACCCCAAGUUUUGGCUUAAAGUGUGUGAGAGAGGAGAGGUAUUGGUGUCACUGCUGCAGCAUCAAAAAUGGAGAAAGACAGUAAAAUAUGCACAAACCCCACUCGUGGACAGCAACACCACGAAGCACCAGCAUUACCAGGCUAUCGCUCUGCACUUGUGGAAGGUGGAAAAGAAGCGUUUUAAUCUGAGCCGGAUGUUGAACAAACCUCCUCGCACUUCUACUCACUGCCAUGCCUAUGAGAGAGAGGUGGUUCUCCACGGGCAGCUGGAGUCUGGAUACUACCUUCUCAUCCCCAGCACCUACCAGCCAGGAGCCGAGGCCCGCUUUCUCAUCAGGGUCUUUUCCUCCUCUUCCAUCUCCCUCAGUGCCCUGAAAAGUCCGGCACCCCCGCUGCCUUUAACAGCAGACAGCGAGUGGGAGACGAGCAUCUUCCGCGGCUCGUGGGUAGAGGGAAGUACGGCUGGAGGGAGCAGGAACUUCCUGUCUCACUGGCAGAACCCCUGCUUCCCAUUUACAGUUUCUGAUGAUCCAGCUGUGACAUCAGGAGUUAACGUCAGGAUUACCCUGCACCAGAGCCGCGCUGACACAGAUCUGCUCCCAAUUGGUUUCCACAUUUAUAAGGUACUAGAAGGGCAAUCUGAGGAGACGAUAUCCAGGGAUGAGGAUCCUGUGGCCAGCUGUGUCCCUCACUGUUACACGCUGGAGGCCAGUCUGGCCUGUUCACUUCCUCCUGGGGCUUACGCCAUAGUGCCGUCCACUUAUCAGCCCGACUGCUCUGCGAACUUCACUCUGAGCCUAGCUCGCAGAAUUCAAAGGAAAGUAGUGAAAAGCCAGGAAAGGCUCGGGAAAGCCGUUCAGGAGGUUUCUCACAUCUCUCUGAUGCAGAGCUAGGUCUGUGGAGCUGUUGCUGCUCUACUAACAUCAACUUACCUCCAUCUGCCUCCUGGCCCAUGAAGAAAGAACCAGUUCUGCUAUCGACCCAGACCACAGAGAUCAUGUGUGUAUUUGCGUGAGCAUACAUGUACGUGUUUUAUGUGGCUGAGAAGGCAGGCAGUGGGAAUCCAGAAAAAAAAGUCCUUUAUUCUGAACCACUGAAGCUCUGAGUUGAUGGGCAGCUACACGCUUGUCGGCGAUUAGGACAUCAGAGGUUGUCGGUGGGCUGGGCUGCUAAUGAAGUAUGACGGGACUGGCUGGUGUAAACAAACAGCCGCCACUGAAGAAGGCCGCCGCUGCUCUUGCUCAUUCACUCACUGGUGCGCCUGCCGGCCCAGAACAAAGGGGCCUCUCAUGAAGGUCCUCACAGAGGCAUAGGGGGCAAGGGGCGAGGGGAUGGUCUGCCGAAGCAGGGCCAACCAAACCACACCACACCAUACCGUGCCAUACCAUUGCAGAGCUUUCCUGCCAUCCCUCACCCCCUGACUCUUUGUUUCUUAUCUAGCUUUUAUUGUUUGUUUCAAAUACACAAAUACAGGGGGGUUCACAGUCUCUUAUCCACUAACCUGACUAAUGCGUAAGUCAGACUGGACCAAAAGAAGUCCAUCCUCACCCUGUGGCUCCCUUUUUCCUUUUCUUUUUUAUGUCCCCCACACUCAAGCUCUGCUUGGACCUGAGCACAGCUACUAUUUGAAGUUGCCGCAAGAACAGAUUACAAGCAGAGGGAUGGAAAGGGAUGAAACGAGAGAUGCGGCCUAUCAGAGGAAGCCGUUCGCUGUGAUGAAGCCGGCGCUUUUGUUUGUGAUGAGGCUGCACUUGUGUGGUGGUGUGUGCCCACACAUACGUUUGUGCUGAAGUCACAGUGUUUCUGAUUAUUCAACUGAGUCAGCAGACUUUUAAAAAGUUAUAAUUAACAGACCAGAGUGGUACUAAUGUGUAUUUAUUAUGUCUGAAAGUUCUGAA